AUGAAGGAGUGUUUAAUCCAGCUACCAACACUAACAGCGCCACGAGAAAAAGACCCGCUAAUCUUGUACCUAUUCGCAGCAGAGGUAGUGGUCGGCGCAGUGUUAAUGGUCGAACGGGAAAACAUCCAGACCCCAAUUUACUAUAUUAGCAAGAUGCUAACCGGUCCAGAGAUGCGCUACUCAAUGAUAGAGAAACUAGCCCUCGCGCUAGUGCACACAUCACAACGCUUACGCCGGUAUUUCUCUGGACAUGUUAUUACAGUUCUCACUAAUUAUCAUUUGGGACAAAUUCUAUCCAAGCCCGACGUCGUAGGAAGAUUGGCGAAGUGGGCCAUUGAGCUGGGAGGAUACAAUAUCCUAUAUAGACCACGGCUAGCAAUCAAAGGGCAAGUUCUAGCAGACUUCGCCACAGAAGUCCCCAUAGACAAGGUGCAAGAAUGUGAAGCAAUCCAGAACCCUGUUCCAGUUUUCGAUGAUAGGGUCUGGACUCUGCAUACAGACAGGGCUUCUAAUGACGAUGGAGCAGGCGCGGGCCUCCGAUUGGUCAGCCCAGACGACCAUGAACUUACAUAUGCAAUAGGCUUGGAUUUCCGGAGCACGAACAAUGAAGCAGAAUACGAAGCGUUUCUAGCAGGCCUUCGUUUAGCGCUUAAAAUGGGAGCGAAAAAUCUCGAAGCUAACGUUGAUUCAAAACUGGUGGCUGAGCAAGUUAAUGGGCAUGACGAUACGAAAGAUGAAGCCAUGGCGUUAUAUCUGGAACAAGCGCGGACGUUAAUCAGCCAAUUCCAAACGUUCAAAAUAAAUCACAUAAACAGAAGCGAAAACAAGCAUGCGGAUGCACUUAGCAAAUUGGCUGCCAUCAGUUUCAAGCACCUAGCAAAAGAAGUACGCAUCGAGGUAUUAUCCAAUCCUUCUGUUCCUCUUAAGCAAGUAAAUAUCAUUGAGGUCGGCAACCCAUCCUGGAUGUCCCCAAUUAUCAUGUACCUUCAACAUGGAAAACUUCCAGAAGGGAAAGCGGAAGCUAGAAAAAUCCAGAACAAAGCAAUAAAUUACGAAAUGGCAGAUGGAAUUCUAUACCGAAAAUCAUUUAUGGGACCACUCCUACGCUGCGUCGACAAAACAGAUGCGCAAUACUUCGUCAGGGAGAUCCAUGAAGGCUUAUGUGGAAUACACGCCGGACCGCGCAUGGUAGUAGCAAAGAUCAUGAGCGCAGACUACUAUUGGCCGGGGAUGCAUGUGGACGCGGUAGAAUUAUUACGAAAAUGCGCAGCUUGUCAGCGCCAUGCGCCAUAA